GUGUCAGAUAUUCAUAUCAGUAAAUUUCGGGAUCCCAAACGAGCUCCUGACUUCGAAAAAUUCUGUUCUGAAACAAUUGAUAUAAUUCAGCCAGCACUUGUUCUAGCAACAGGUGACCUGACAGAUGCUAAGACAAGAGAUAAACUGGGAUCUGAGCAGGUAGAAGUAGAAUGGAAAACUUACCAGUCAAUCCUGAAAAGAUCAAGGGUCAUGGAAAAAACCAAGUGGAUAGACAUCAAAGGGAAUCAUGAUUCAUUCAACAUUCCACACCUGGAUAGCGUUCAAAAUUAUUACAGGAAAUACUCUGCCUGGCGUAAAGAUGGCUCUUUCCAUUACAUCCACACCACCUCUUUUGGGAACUAUUCAUUCAUCUGCGUGGAUGCCACACUCAGCCCAGGCCCUAAGAGACCCUAUAAUUUCUUCGGGAUUUUAAAAAUGAAUCAAAUGGAAGAGCUAUCUUUGAUGACAAAGGAAAGUCUGCACAGCAAUCACACUAUCUGGUUUGGCCAUUUUCCCACCUCAACAAUCAUCUCCCCAGCCCCAGGAAUACGAACAUUAAUGAGUUCUGCCACAGCCUAUUUAUGUGGACAUCUCCAUACAAUGGGUGGGUUGAUGCCAGCUUUGCACAGUCAACACCGUGGUGGUACCCUGGAACUCGAAUUGGGAGACUGGAUGGAUAAUAGGAGGUACCGGAUCUUUGCGUUUGAUCACGACCUCCUUAGCUUUGCAGAUCUUAACUUUGAAGAAUGGCCUGUAGUUCUCAUCACCAAUCCCAAAUCCUUCCUUUACAGCAGUUCUGCUCAUGAACCACUAGUCAGAAUUCUUUAUUCCACUCAUAUCAGAGUUCUGGCCUUCUCACCUUCUGUCAUUAUCUCCGUCAAAGUCUAUAUAGACGGAGUUCACUUGGGGAACGCGCAUCAAGUGUCUGGCCCUCUCUAUGUACUGAAGUGGAGCCCACAAAACUACAGUGAAGGAUUCCAUCACAUAGAUGUGGCUGUCCAGGAUGCGUCAGGAAGAAUUAGCACACGGGGCCAUAUAUUUGCUAUGGAAGAAAACCUCUCUCUUAGAUUUGGCUUUUGGCCAUCUGUUAUUCUUCUCACUGACCACUAUGUUCUAGCUCGUGUGCUCUUUGGACUGAUUGUGCUGAUUCAGAUCGCCUUGCUCGUUAUUUUCAGAUACCUCCAAAAGCCAGCACUUAAAGCAAAGCCAGGAUUACUUACUCUGACCUCGUAUUCCCUUCAUGUCUUCAGUAAAACUAACAUCUUCUAUUACUCAAUUCUGGUUCUGAAUUUAUACACCAUUCUGGGACCCUGGUUUGUGGGUGAACUGAUAGAUGGCCAAGUGGGGGCCUGUUUUUCCUUUGGGGUGUUUGUUGGUGGUUCCUUCUUACAAGGCAGUCUGACAUUUGUGGUUGGGAUUUUACAGAUGUUGUUUUUCAACCUGCCACUAAUGGCCUAUCUGUGCUGGUGCCUGUUGCUGCGAUGUCAGGGUCACAGCUUCCGUUCUCACAUCCGUCAUGUCCGACGCCUCAUGGCUGUGCUUGUUCACCUGGCAAUGGCACUCCUCCUGGCCUGGCAGGUCUAUUCCUGUUAUUUCCUGCAGCGAACCUAUGGGACCUUGGCUUUCUUCCUCUCCCCAAUGAGAACAUGGCUGGUGGCGCUGACCUCAGCUCUGAUUUAUAAAACCUGGACACUGCAAUCAUCUGAACUCAGAACUUACAUAGUAGAAAUGAAAAACUGUCAGAGUUCCUAA